GAAGGUAAUAAUUAUGCUGAUAAAUGGGUUAACCAUUUAUCUUUGAGAACUCUCCAAACCAAAAUGAAUCAUUCCGACAUUAACAGUGAUGAUCUAUUCUUCAGCUUAUAUCCCAGCCGCAGAUUUUAUGCUUUAUGUUCUAUCAUGUGUUUUUCAAAGUGGUUUGAAGUUGAAAUUUUAUGAAUAAGGACCAAGAAGUUCUCUAUUCUCCCAUCUGGAUGCUUUGUCUCAACCAAUAGACACUGGGGAGUCUUCAUGGCUCAUUAGUUGCCUCGAUUAGUCGGUUGCUUAGAUUUCGAGGAAAAAUCUUCAUUAAUUUUUAAUAAUGAAGAGAUUCGAAACUUAAUUUAAUAUUUCAUCUUAAAAAAUAGAGAUGCUUGCCUAGUCAGAGUCUUAGGAUUUAUCUCUACAUUUGUAUGCAUAUUCUAUCUCUUACUCUAUCUUUUCUGGCUAAAUGAAAAUUAGUGAGCGUGUUAACCAAAUUAUUCUUCUAAAGUUUGGGUUCUCUCUGAGAAAAAGCGUGUGUUGAUCAAAAUUUGCCCAUACCGACCUGAAGCUUCACUCUAUCUCCAUGUAGAUUCUGAAUACUUUAAGUUUGAAAUAUCCUGAAGUACUCGCUAGUCAUAUUGAGAGGUUUAUGAUAAGCUUCACAAGUUUAUGAAAAAUAAUCAGCCGGUUUUCUGCAUUACUACUUCUUCAUGAUUUCUAAUAAGUAAGUCAGGCCUUGAAAUCAAUACUUUAGGCAUCUAUCUGAGUCUGGUCAUUGAGAAUUUAGUUUGCUAAAUCAAUAGUCUCUGAAUAGAUAUCUCCCAAAUUAAAAAAUGAGGAUAUGAAGUAAUAGAUUAAGAAAUAACAUAGAGAGCAAGAUGCCUCAUGUGAAUAUUCUUUUGAUUUUUAGUUGGGGGCAUUCUGUUUCAAGUUGUCUGAGCCCUGCUUAACCUCAAGAGUGAAGGAUAUUUCAGAGGUGCCUUGUCAAAGUUAAUUAUAUGCGUAGUCAUCUGGGAACCUGAGUUAUCGUAUAGAUUCAUGAGAAAGUAUUCUUAAGGUUCUGAAGAGAUUACUAUUGUAUACAAUAAUUAGAGCCAUAUAAACCUCAAAGUUGGGUGCUCUCAUUAAGCUUGUGAACCAAAGCUAACAUAAUUUAGCAAAAGAUUUUUAAUUUGAAUCAAACUAUUGCCUGAUCUCUUUGUUUUGGAUAUAAUCAUGAAAAAUAUUGAUUUCAUCAAGAAUUCUUUAAUAAACCCCAUGAUUCAUUGAGAGAAAUGUCUCUUGUUUAUCAAAGAAGUCUAUGCUUCAGAGAAAUAAAGAAAGUUCACCUGGAGCCAUUUAUAAGAAUA